UUUGGCUGCGCCGCCGCUGCACCGCGCGCAGCAGAGCAAGAAGGUGCUGCCUGGCGAGCGCUCAACCAGCCAGGUCGAGGGCUAAGGAGAUCUGGAGGGCUCGGCGAGAGCUGAAGGGCCAGGCCACGGGAGGUGUCCGGCGGCGCUGCGGAGCGGCAGGUGCGGGGUGGUGAUAGCUGCGGCUCCGCAGUGCCAACCUCUAGCCCACCUGCGCUGUGCGCCAGCCCUGCACCUUGCAGAACGAGAAGCAGCUUGCUGGCUUUGACCGUGUGGCAAAUAUUUCAGAAAGCUUCAAGAUAAAGUUGGAGGAAAGAACAGUUUUUCUUCCAAACUCAUCUGCUUCAGCUAUUAUUCUUACUGGGAAUGGACAAUGGAAUGGUCUCUAGAUUUAUCAUGACCAAAAGCCUCCUUGCCUUCUGUAUUUCCAUGACCUUAUCCAGUCGCUUUGGCUUUUCACAAAUGCCAACCAGUUCUGCACAAGACGAGACCAAUGACAACAUCACAAUAUUCACCCGGAUCUUGGAUGGGCUCUUGGAUGGCUAUGACAACAGACUGCGGCCUGGGCUGGGAGAGCGAAUCACGCAGGUGCGAACAGAUAUCUACGUUACCAGCUUUGGCCCAGUGUCUGACACAGAAAUGGAAUAUACCAUAGAUGUGUUUUUCCGACAAAGCUGGAAAGACGAAAGGCUGCGGUUCAAGGGGCCCAUGCAACGUCUCCCUCUCAACAACCUUCUUGCUAGCAAAAUCUGGACCCCAGACACAUUUUUCCACAAUGGAAAGAAGUCCAUUGCGCACAACAUGACGACACCCAACAAGCUGCUGAGGCUGGAGGAUGAUGGGACACUUCUCUAUACCAUGCGCCUGACUAUCUCUGCUGAGUGCCCAAUGCAGCUCGAGGACUUCCCAAUGGAUGCCCAUGCUUGUCCCCUGAAGUUUGGCAGUUAUGCUUACCCUAAUUCUGAAGUUGUCUAUGUUUGGACCAAUGGCUCCACUAAGUCUGUGGUGGUGGCAGAAGAUGGCUCCAGACUCAACCAGUACCACCUCAUGGGGCAGACAGUGGGCACUGAGAACAUCAGCACCAGCACAGGUGAAUACACAAUCAUGACUGCUCAUUUCCACUUGAAGAGGAAGAUCGGGUACUUUGUCAUCCAAACCUACCUUCCCUGCAUCAUGACAGUGAUCUUAUCCCAGGUGUCCUUUUGGCUAAAUCGAGAAUCUGUCCCAGCCAGGACAGUGUUUGGAGUGACCACAGUACUGACCAUGACAACACUCAGCAUCAGUGCCCGGAACUCGCUGCCCAAAGUGGCCUACGCCACAGCCAUGGACUGGUUCAUUGCUGUCUGCUAUGCAUUUGUCUUCUCUGCUUUGAUUGAAUUUGCCACGGUCAACUACUUUACAAAGAGAGGAUGGGCCUGGGAUGGCAAGAAGGCCCUAGAAGCAGCCAAAAUCAAGAAAAAAGAACGUGAACUCACACUAAAUAAGUCAACAAACGCUUUUACAACUGGGAAGUUAACCCAUCCUCCAAAUAUCCCAAAGGAGCAGCCGGCAGCAGGGACCGGAAAUACAUCUUCAGCCUCGGCCAAACCUUCCGAAGAGAAGACUUCUGAGAGUAAAAAGACAUACAACAGCAUUAGCAAGAUCGACAAAAUGUCCCGGAUUGUGUUCCCAAUCUUGUUUGGCACUUUCAAUUUAGUUUACUGGGCAACGUAUUUGAAUAGAGAGCCUGUGAUAAAAGGGGCCACCGCUCCAAAGUAAGCUGGGCAAGUCCCAAGCUUCCUGGAAAUCAUACUUCCACAGAGAUGGAACUGAGGAGAGGCCAAGCUCACAGAGACUUGUUUGGGCACCGUCUUUCAGGAAUUUUUUUGCAUGUUUAAUAAUAUGUACAAAUAAUAUUGCCUUGAUGUUUCUACGUGUACCUUCAGAUGUUUCAAGGAUGUCCCCUUAAUUAACAAAGCAAACGACCUUCUAUACAAAAAUGGGAGGCAAUGACUGAUGUUCAAACGCUCAGUUCCUAACAUCGAUAGUUUACAAACAAGAUAAGUAUAUUUUUAAGUGUUCCAAGUAUAUGAUUUUAUACGUCGAAUGCCAUUUCAUACAGUUUUUCCUGGCCAACAGAACAUCUUAGGCAAUUCCCAUGAUGACUGCUUGGCAGCAGCAAAAAGCAAACAUCAUGGGGUUCACACUGUCCGUGAGGAGCAAACUGUGGACAUUUAAGUCCAAUACUAAUUGCCUUUAAUAAUUCUUCCUACUCUGAAAUAAAAAAAUAAUGCAUGAACUGACAUUAAGAAAUAGAAUAAGUAAACAUUUAUGCAGACCAAUUAAAUAACAAGCACAUAGUGUGUUAGAUUACUAGAACAAAUAUUUCCCCAAGGAAGGAAAUCAACUGAUUCAAAGUUAACUUUUUUUUUUGUGGAAAAUAAAUUUUUCUCAACAUACCCCAACACCUCUACAACCUUAAUAAUUACUCUGAAAGAAAAGAAACUUAAAACCUUAAAGCGACAAGGUCUUGGUCGUCCUUGGCCAUGGCACUCUGUGCCCAUUGUCUCUGGAAUGCCAGCUCCUCUUGCUGCUGCUUCAGCGCUGAGCAAUUGUAAUUGAGUUAUUUCUUGUUUUAUUUCCCUGUACAUAUUUCAUGAUUAGAUUAUUGCCCUGUUAGCUUUUGUAUAUGACUCUUAAAAGUUCAUUAAAAAAAAAAACUUAAAAAU